AUGGAACGAUUCUUUAAAAGAAAAUUAUCUACGGAUAGUUCUUCUCUGUCUAAUCCGGGUAGUUCAAAUGCAAGACCAAUUGAAGUAGAUGAGAUCUUAGCUAAUCUUCAAGCAGACCCUGGACUAAGAACUCGAAUGGCGGAUUAUAGUCCUAAUAUUCGGGAUGAGAUCCGAAGAGCAUAUCUACAAAAGGGACCUUGUCAACCUAGAAGUUAUAAAUUCCCACAAACUAAUCAAUCAGGAAUUAAUAGACGCUUCAUUGCUCAUUGGUUUGAUGAUCAUGAUUGGUUGGAAUAUAGUAUUGCUAAAGAUGCUGCGUUUUGUCUUCAUUGUUAUCUCUUCAAAUCUAAUUUUGAUCAAGUGGGUGGUGAUGCAUUCAUUGGGGUAGGCUUCAAUAAUUGGAAGAAGGCGAAAGAAAGAUUUAACCUUCAUGUUGGACCGGUUGGUAGUGUUCACAACCAAGCUAGAGAAGUUGCUUACAAUUUGAUGCAUCAAACUACACACAUUGAAACAAUUGUGAUCAAACAAACAAGCCAAGCUUGCACGGCUUAUCGCACUUGCUUGAAUGCAUCACUUAAGUGCACUAGGUAUUUGUUGCGGCAAGGGCUUUCUUUUCGUGGUCAUGAUGAAAGUGCACAAUCAAGUAAUAAAGGGAAUUAUUUAGAGCUCUUGCAAUUUCUUGCGGAUCAUGAUGAAAAAGUUAAGGCCGUUGUGUUGGAAAAUGCUCCGGGAAAUUUAAAGUUAAUAGCUCCUUCAAUUCAAAAAGAUCUUGUCAAUUCUUGUGCUAAAGAAACCAUUGAUCUUAUCUUGAGUGAUGUAAAAGAUAGAUAUUUUUCAAUAAUGGUGGAUGAAGCACGUGAUGUUUCAAUAAAGGAGCAAAUGGCGAUGGGGUUGCGUUAUGUGAAUGACAAAGGACAAAUAAUUGAAAGGUUUGUGGGGGUUCAACAUGUAACCGACACUACUUCAAGUGCACUAAAGGAAGCAAUUGAUGAAUUCUUUUCUUCCGCGAAUUUGAGCUUUUCCAAGCUACGAGGACAAGGUUAUGAUGGAGCUAGUAAUAUGAGAGCUCUUGUUGCGGUAGCAAAGAAAAACAUUGAUGUCAACUCUUUUUUCACAACGGCUAAUAGUUUGGUUAAUGUUGUUGGAGCAUCUUGUAAGCGUCGCGAUGCACUUAGAGCACAAUACCAAGAAGAGCUUGUGAGAGCUUUUGAAGAUGAUUGUCUUAUAACGGGGCGGGGCUUAAAUCAAGAAAGGACUCUCAAACGUGCCGGCGAUACACGAUGGAACUCACAUUAUGGUACGUUGAUUAGUAUCAUUUCUAUGUUCCCAUCUGUGGUGAAUGUGCUUCAAAUGAUUGUUGAUGAUAAUCCUAAUGAUAGUUCGGGUGAAGCCUAUAAGUUAUGGAGAGAAAUACAAUCUUUUGAGUUUGUGUUUCACUUAUUUGUAAUGAAAGCUAUAUUGGGAAUAACAAACACUUUGUCUCUAGCAUUGCAAAAGAAAGAUCAAGACAUUGUGAGUGCAAUGAAUUUAGUGAAAACAUGCAAGGAAAACCUGCAGUUGAUGAGGGAUAAUGAGUUUGAAGAAUUGGUUGAGCAAGCAUCCUCGUUUUGUUACAAACAUGAUAUUAUAGUUCCUACCAUGGAUGAGGAAUAUGUAAUUCCAGGGAGAUCACGGCGUAAUGCUCCAAUGAAGACAAAUUAUCAUCGUUAUCGUGUGGAGAUCUUUAUUCAUGUAAUUGAUGGGCAACUUGCGGAGUUAAAUGAUCGCUUCAACGAGGUAAGUACUGAGUUACUUACUUGUUUGGCAUGCUUGAGUCCAAAAAAUAACUUUGUGGCUUUUGACAAACGAAAGCUAGUUCGUCUUGCUCAAUUUUAUCCUUAUGAUUUUUCGGAUAGAGACUUAUUGAUGCUUGAAGAUCAACUUGGUGUUUAUGUUCAUCAUAUGCGUUCGAGUAGUGAUUUUUCUCAAUUGGAAGGGAUUAGUAGUCUUGCGGAAAAAAUGGUGGAGAAAGGAAUGCAUGUAUACAUAUUUUCAUCGCUAUGA